AUGGCUGGCUUGUUUGGUUACGGCAAAGAGUACCGCGUUACGGCUGGUACGCAGGCAGCGGAAGAGCCGGGUUCCCACAGUGACCAUGCAUUGCGCCAUGUUGCGCCUGCAUACAGUUCUUCUUUAGAGUAUUCUAGAGCUGAGGCGUCCAACGCCAUCGAUACUCAAGCCUGCGCCGACCGUUUGCCGGUAUGGGCCACCAAAAUCCUCUGGCCGAUUAUGUCGCGCGGCUCCCAACAGCAACUUGCCCAAAUGGCAACAUUUGCUGCCAGGCACGCUCAUCUCCUCGAGCCCACCGUCGACCUCCCACAACCAAGUUUUGUGCGAACCAAACUUAGGCUUCCGCAGAGCAUGGAUGUCAAGCUAAUUGUCGGUCGCGGAGAUCUCGCCGCACCUACCAACCAGGCCGCUAGCAGCUAG